AGGUGCACGCGCUUUCUCUUUUACAGAAUGUUCAAGAGAGCAACUGGAGACGAUCUGUCCGAAUAAUUUGCAAAUCACUCUAUAGGCUGGUUUCUGGAGGAAUGGAAGGCGGUGACGUCUAAAUCUCCUAGUUAAAUCAUUAAGGAGAACUUUUUAGCUCAGUUCAUCGCGAUGAGGGUCUUUGUUUCAUACCGUUGAUAAUAUUGGACCGCGUUUGGAUUACCUGAGAGUUCGGGGUUCUGGAUUUUAUUGAAGGAAAUUUUCUAAGAAUUUUAAAUGUUCUUAAAUGGCUAAAAUAAUGGGCACUUCAAUAUCUCAAAGGAAUCCUGAACGCGCCCCCUCUCCUCUCCUCUCCGUCUGACCUCUGACCUCCUGGGAUGUUGGCCGUGCAGCACUCCAACGGCUCCGGCCCCACCCCCCUCACCCCCCUGUCGAAUCGGAGCCAGGGCGUGGCGGGAGUGACGUGGCAGGCGGCCAAUCACACGGCGGGGGACCAGGCGCGGUCCCUGCCCAGCGGCCCCACGGUGGCCGGGCUCUCCAUGACGCUGGGCAUCCUGUCCAACAUCGUGGCGCUGUUCAUCCUGGCCAAGGCCUACGCCCGCUUCCGACGGCGCUCCAAGGCCACCUUCCUCAUCUUCGCCAGCUCGCUGGUGGCCACCGACCUGGCCGGCCACGUCAUCCCGGGGUCCCUGGUGCUGCGGCUGUACAUGGAGGGCAACCUGACGUGGGCGGGCGCCGCGUCCGCCUCGGAGCGCCUCCCCCUCCCGCAGGACGCCACCGACCCGCUCUGCCAGUUCCUGGGCGGCUGCAUGGUGUUCUUCGGCCUGUGCCCGCUCUUCCUCGGCUGCGCCAUGGCGGCGGAGCGCUGCCUGGGCGUGACGCGUCCGCUGCUCCACGCCGCGCUCGUCACCACCGCCCGCGCCAAGCUGGCCCUCUCGCUCAUCCUGCUGGCCGCGCUCUCCGUGGCCCUGCUGCCCUACUUCCGCCUGGGCGCCUACACCUACCAGUUCCCGCGGAGCUGGUGCUUCAUCCGCGUGCUGGGCGCGGCGGGGCCCCGGGACCUGGCCUUCGUGCUGCUGUUCUCCGGCCUGGGCCUGGGCUCGCUGGGCGUGGCCCUGGUGUGCAACACGGUGAGCGGCCUGGCGCUGGUGCGCGCGCGCCUGCGCCGGAAGGGCGGCUGCGGCCGCCGCCGCUCCUCCAAGUCGCACGACAUCGAGAUGGUGGUGCAGCUGGUCGGCAUCAUGGUCACCUCCUGCAUCUGCUGGAGCCCCCUGCUGAGCUUUGGCCUGAUGUCGGUGAUCCAGUCCCACAACGGCACCCUGGGGGAGGACCAGCAGCGGACCUACGCGGAGCUGAUGAUGACGGGCGUGCGGCUGGCCUCCUGGAACCAGAUCCUGGACCCCUGGGUGUACAUCCUCCUGCGACGGGCUGUCCUGCGGAAGAUCUACAUCAUCACCAAGCGCCAGACGGCCCUGACGGGCAGCACCCUGCGCCGCUGGGAGGUGGGCUCCUUCCAGAGCUCCGAGAAGAACGCCGUCAACAGGCUGUGAGGCCG